AUGUCUUUACAGUGCGACUUUGAUGAGAGCUUUUCGUCUCCUGUGCGAAGGAAACGGAAGGCUGAUGGAGAACUCGACGGGAUUUCAGGGCCCCGCUCUCACGCUGAGGCCGAUGCUUGGGUGGACUCGACAAUGAAGCUGCUGCGGGAUCGUGGGCUUCGAGAGUUUGGGGUGGAUUUCGCGGAUCGUUUGCUGCAAGCCUUGCAGCCUGGAACUGGCAUCUGCAUGAGAAGCGACUACUCUGGCUUGGGAGGGCCAGAAGAAGCUUGGUGGCAGAUUGCCAAAGCACUCAGGCUGGACCAUGAGGUUAUCACCUGCCAGCGAUGUUCAGACAUCGACGCAGCUGCCCAGUAUGUGCUCCUGCAUCGCAGCAAAGCUUCGGGCUGCAGUCGCAGCUGUUGUGUGCUUGGUGAUAUUCGGGAGCGGUGUUCAGAUGGCGUGCUGCAGGCUUUGGAAUCAUUGCAAACUGACUUUCUGGCGGAAGCCAACAGGAUUUGUGCACGAGGAAACAGUGGUGAGAGCUGCGAGAGUCGGGACGCCGUGUACAAGAGGCUGGGCAAGCAGUUCGUGAAGGAUGCUUUCGGAUUGCUAGUGCAGGAGAUGCCAGUGAUGCCAGCAACAAGCAGUGCCCCGGAUCAAGUUCAAGUGCCCUGCCUCAGUCACAACAGGAGCUGCCCUGCUUUUCCUUCGCCUCAGCAGGGCUUUUCUGGUUUGUUGUGCAGUGUGGCUGGUAUCAUAUGUUACGACUUUUCACCGAUGGGUGCUGGCAAAAGGUUUUUGGGAAACUCGGCUAUCCCAUUUCUUAUUUGGGCACGAGAGCGCCUUUGCUCACAAGAAGAUUUCUUUGUUGUGGAAUGUGUGACGAAUUUUGACGAUGAAACCUUAGCAGAGCUUCUUGCUGAUUCCUAUCAGAUGCAUACAUUGCGAGCUUGUCCAAGUCUCUUUGGACUUCCGGUGACACGUGAUCGUAAAUAUAUGGUUUUCCUCGCCAGGCGCAGCUUGGUGUGGUGCGAUGCAGUCAACUCAGUCGGGCCGCAGGAAGCUUUUCGAAAGCUUUUUGCAAGGCCAGUGGUGAUGCGGGGUGAUGAGUUGUUGCGUGCACCAGAUGCUGCAGUCCAUGACUUUGUCAGUUCAUUGGCAGUUGCUCGUGGUUUGCCAGAAUCGGGCUCCGGCAGUGUGGCAUGGAGCUGCUACUUGGCAAUGAGCCCUGCGAAUAGGCAAAGUGUGCGUGAUCAUGAGCAGAGUCUCCAGGCUGCUGGCUUUGCAGAGCAGGCAGCCGUUUUGACAAAUAUUGCCCAGCGAGCAAGCCACAUGGGUCCAGUUUUGUCUGGCUUUGCACCGGCUCUAUUGCGAUCCAGUUUGCUUUGGAGCUUCCGAUUGCGCCGUAUUGUGCUUCCCGCAGAGCAUCUUGAGUUGCAGGGUUACAGUCUGUGGGGCAACGAGGAAAGGCGAUCUGUUGUAUCAGAUGUGCUUCCCAGCCUCCGUUCUUCCUCUUUGAGAAGCCUCGCUGGAAAUGCAAUGCACAUUCAGAGCAUCGGAUCAGUUCUGAUGUUCGUGGUGUCGUGCACCGUGCGACAGCAGUAG